AGAAGGAAAUUACAUUCCAAAAGACUGAGAUCAUCACGAAUAUGAUGUCAAGAAGAAGCCAUAGACUUGCAGUGCCUGUUAAUAAUUUAAAAAAAUAAAAAGCAAGAAGAGAAGAAGAGAAAAAGAGAAAUCUAUAUGUAACUAGAUAUGAGCCUGCAAGCCUUCUCUAGGUUCUCUUAAUUCAUGGCCCUAGCCUAGUACUUUGCUAGACAGGAAGAAAAAUCUUAUCCCUUGAUCACUAAUUGAGGUGGUGGGUCCACCCAAUCUCUGGUUAUUUUUUUCUUCUUUAUGCUAGUAGCUUCAUGCCCAGUUCAGUAAAAAAAUCCGCCCCAACCAAAUCUCUCUCUGUAUCUCUCACAUAGCCCCUUCUAACCUAGGGAGGCUUUUCUUCCACAUCCACCAAACCCUUGAUCUUUUGUGCUUGUUUUUAUAGAAGGAUGGUAUGUGUAAUGCCAUAUAAUUUGUGUUAGAAGUGAGAACCACUACAAGAACCUUUAAAUAGAUUGCUUUCUUUUUCCUUUUGUAUAGAAAUCCAAAUCCCACUUCUUUUUUCUAUGGAUAAACACACUUUUGUGGACAUCAACCACAGUAACUUCACAAACAAUACUUGGGAAGUUGACUUGGCUAUGGAAGAGCAGAUCCUCCAUGACCAUCAUCUUCCUUUUGAUGCAGUUUGGCCUAAUUUUCCUCUUCCAACACACAACAUAACAGCAGCAGCAUCAUCAUCAAGUCAAAUAUCUGCUUCGGUUCUACUUGGUGAUCAAAUGGGAAAUCUGUUGGAAGAAGAUGAGGAGCCAGAAGAAGAGCUAGGAGCCAUGAAAGAGAUGAUGUACAAGAUUGCAGCGAUGCAGCCAGUGGACAUCGAUCCAGCCACAAUUCGGAAACCUAAGAGGCGAAAUGUAAGAAUCAGUGAUGAUCCACAGAGUGUAGCAGCACGCCACCGGAGAGAAAGGAUCAGCGAGAAAAUUCGGAUUCUCCAAAGACUCGUCCCAGGUGGAACAAAAAUGGACACAGCUUCAAUGUUAGAUGAGGCCAUCCGCUAUGUCAAGUUCCUAAAGAGACAAAUUCGCCAGCUACAAUCCAAUCAUCACCCAUUACCCACCGAUGUCACGGCCUGCCUAUCCACCCCAGAUUGGGCAGUUACAUCAACCAAACUUCUUGGUUCCACCUCCUCAUCAUCAAUGGAAGCACCCGGCGGAGGCGGAUUCAGCUUCAGAGCUCUUUAACCAUGAGGUAAUUAGAGUGGGGUAGUGAUAAUUGGUUUUUUAAUUGGAAAAACAAACAGUAGAAAGAAAUGUAGAGUAGUGGUGACGUUUAAGGGGAAAUGUGUAAGGGUGAAUUUAGGGGGUUUCUGUGAACCCAAGGUUGUUAGGAUAUUGUUGACUAAAGGGGCAUUGGAAUAAUCAUAACGGUUAGCUUGGGUUACGUACAUCCAUAUAUAUAAUAUAUAAUAAGGCCCUUCAAGUUUCUGAGUUGGCCGGAAAGUUUGUUUGGCCAGCUCUCUCCCGGGAAUAAAACUGUGACGUCUGAAACUAUUGAAUAUCAUUAUGCUGUCUCUCUCUUCAAUAAAUUUGUCUUUCUUAUGCA